AUGGGGCUCCUGCCCUCGGCCCUGCUGCUGCUGCUGCCCCUGCUGCGGGGGGGGUCCCCCCAGGAGAACGCAGGGUUCGCGCUUCGAGUGCAGAGCUCCGUGCAGGUGCAGGAGGGGCUGUGCGUCUCCGUGUCCUGCUCCUUCUCCUUGCCCGGGACCCCCGGGAGCUCCCCUACACCCCACAUCUACUGGUUCCGAGAGGGGGACAGGGAAAAUAAGGCUCCUGUGGCCACAAGCGACAGAACCAGACCAGUGAGGGCGGAGACCAGGGGCCGGUUCCUCCUGCCCGGGGACCCCGGCGCCAACCACUGCUCCCUGAGCAUCAGACACGCCAGGAGGACAGACGCGGGCGCCUACUACCUGCGCGUGGAGAGAGGGCCCGUGAAAUACAGCUACGUGGACAAGAAGCUGACCCUGUGGGUGACAGCGCUGACACAGAGACCCGACAUCCACUUGGGGGAGCCCCUGCGCGUGGGGCGCCCCGCGAAGCUGGCCUGCCGCCUGCCGGGACUCUGCGAGGGGCACAGUCUCAGCUUCUCCUGGGCGGGGGAGGCUCUCGCCUCGAUGGACCCCAACAAACUCCGGUCCCCAGAGCUCACCCUCACCCCGAGGCCCCAGGACCACGGCUCCCUCCUCACCUGCCGGGUGGCGCUGCCUGGGCCGGGAGCCGGCACAGAGAGGACCGUCCUGCUCGCCGUGGCCUGUGCGUGGGGUCGCCGGGGGGGCCGGGGGAGCCACGGGACUGUCCUGUCUGGGGACCUUCCCAGAGGAGGCUGGGGGGAGGCCCAAAGCCCUGGCUCCUCCAUUUAG